AUCCGCAUUUGCUACCAGCGGCGGCGGCGGCGGAGCCAGGCCGGUCCUCAGCGCCCAGCACCGUCGCUCCCGGCAGCCCGGAGCGCGCACCGCAGGCCGGCGGCCGAGCUCGCGCAUCCCAGCCAUUGCUCCCCGACCUGCUCCAUAGAGAAGGGAAGAUGAGCGAGUCGAGCUCGAAGUCCAGCCAGCCCUUGGCCUCCAAGCAGGAAAAGGACGGCACUGAGAAGCGAGGGCGGGGCAGGCCGCGCAAGCAGCCUCCGGUGAGUCCCGGGACAGCGCUGGUAGGGAGUCAGAAGGAGCCCAGCGAAGUGCCAACACCUAAGAGACCUCGGGGCCGACCAAAGGGGAGCAAAAACAAGGGUGCUGCCAAGACCCGGAAAACCACCACAACUCCAGGGAGGAAACCAAGGGGCAGACCCAAAAAACUGGUAGAAAGAGGAAGAAGAGGGCAUCUCGCAGGAGUCCUCAGAGGAAGAGCAGUGACCGCGCCGUGCCGCCUGCUCCCUCACCGAGGAGCAGUUUCCUUCUGGGACUGGACAGCUCCGCUCCGUUCCCAAUGCCCCUGCCCCUUUCCCCAGGCCCACGCAUCACCACCCACCUGCGCCCUCACCACCACACUACACAGCACACCAGCCGCUGCGGGGCCCCUGUGGCCCGAGUGGGGAGCAGUUUUCCUCUGGUCUCAGUUCCCAGCGACCCGUCACCCACGCGCACACACUUGCCCUCCUGGACAAAGCUGACUUCCCACUUAGCUGCACCCUGCACCUGCUGUGUCCCCACUCCCUCAGCCAUGGGGACAUUGCCGAUUCAGCUUUUGGUUUGGGGGGGUCCCUUCUGCUCCCCCACUCUUCCCUCUGGCUUCCCAUUAAGGGGCCUGGGAGGGCUCCCCUGGCCUUAAAAGGGGCCCAAGCCCCAUCUCAUUCUGACAUGCCCCACUCCACUGUACUGGCAGCAGCAGGUGUGGCCUAUGGAGAGGGGUGCUUGGCCCCAACAUGUCCCCAACCAACCUGUGUCUCGCCAAGGGCGGCUCACACCCACCUUUCUUCCUUCCCCAUCUUGCCUAGUGCCUGCACUAGGUUGGACAGCCCCCUUUAGGGCACAGGAAGGCAGGAAGGAAGGCAGGAGGGGUUUGAGCCCCCUAUCCCCUCUAAACAGGCUCCAGCCCACCUUCCCCUCACCCUGGAGUCUAUUGCAGUGAUGGAAAUGGAGUCCCCUAUUCAGGUGAGGUCCAAGCAGCCCAGGUCCCCUGUGGCAGCCACCUAAGGUGGGCUGGAGCCACUCCCAACCCUAUCUGCUUCCACUCUAGGCCUCAGUUUCCCCUUUCCUCACAUGGGGCGCUAAUAACAAGGAGCUAGCCUUGCCCACUCCCACCCUUCUGCUCCUCCCCACCCCCCAAGGUUCUGGUUCCAUCUUUCCUCUGUUCACAAACUACCUCUGGACAGUUGUGUUGUUUUUUUGUUCAAUGUUUUAUCUUAGACAUCCGUCAUUGCUGCUGCUACCAGCGCCAAAUGUUCAUCCUCAUUGCCUCCUCCUGUUCUGCCCACAUUCCCCUCCUCCAAGAUGCUCUGAGGGGAAGGGGCCUGGGCAAAGCAGGCUGGGUUACGACUACCCUAGUCCCAGGGAAGGUGGGGCCCUGCCCCUAGGAUGCUGUGGCAGCGUGCUGACUGUGAGGGUGUGGGGGCCACCUCCCCCCUGCUCUGUCAGGGAGGAGGCAGCCAUCAUCUGUCCCAGCCUGGGGCCCCCCUCUGGUUUCCUAUUUGCAGUUACUUGAAUAAAAAAAUAUCCUUUUCUGGA